GGGUUCUUAGCACAAUCAAAACUAAAACUAAAGAUGUCUACAAUGGCUUCUCUUAUUGCCACUCUAAUGGUGGCAAUAGUGGCUCUAUCCUUGCCUUUUGUAACCAAUGCAGAUGACGAUAAACCUUAUAUUUACAAAUCUCCACCACCACCAGUAUACAAGUCUUCACCGCCUCCGGUCUACAAGUCACCACCUCCACCGAAGAAACCCUAUGUCUACAAAUCUCCACCACCACCCCCAAAGAAGCCUUAUGAAUACAAGUCUCCACCACCACCACCAAAGAAGCCUUAUGUCUACAAGUCUCCACCACCACCCCCAAAGAAGCCUUAUGUCUACAAGUCUCCACCACCACCCCCAAAGAAGCCUUAUGAAUACAAGUCUCCACCACCACCACCAAAGAAGCCUUAUAUCUACAAGUCUCCACCACCACCGCCUCCAGUAUAUAAGUCUCCACCACCUCCCGAGUACAAGUCACCACCUCCACCGAAGAAACCCUAUGUCUACAAGUCUCCACCACCACCCCCAAAAAAGCCUUAUGUGUACAAGUCUCCACCACCACCACCUACCCCGAAAUAUUUAAACAAAUCAUAUUAUUUCUUUGCUUAUAUUACUUUUCUUCAUCAUGCCUUUAGUUAUUUUGUUUAA